UGACACGAGAUCCGCUAGAGCUAUCUUUACAAGAUCGAUUUUUACCAAGUCAAGAUGGGGGAACCCAGCUCAAAGACUCUUCCGCGCGCACCCGAGGCUGAAGUCCAAGACGACAACAUCGAAGACGGCAACGGUAACCUAAACAAGGAAACAACGGGGACUUCGGAUAGCGACACCGAUCGCGAGUUUGAUGUCGACAAGUACCCAGUCCGAGAAUGGGAGUUUGUCAUCCCGGGCUUUCGGGAUCCCAUUUCUAUCAAUCCGGUGGUAUCGGCAAUUGGUGUGAUAGUCCUUUGGGGCUUGGCGAUCUGGUGUAUGGUUGAUCCUGAUGGCUCUCGUGAGACUCUUGUGGGAUGGCGUGGAGAUGUUACUCUCUACUUCAGCUGGCUGUUUAUGGGAUCAAAAGCCAUCUUUUUUUUCUACCUCAUCUACGUCGUCUUCAAGUACGGUCACGUCAAGUUAGGUCGACAAGACGAGCCCCCCGAGUUCUCGACUGGCGCCUACUUUGCCAUGAUUUUCGCCGCCGGUGUAGCCGUCGGUCUAUUUGUCUUUGGAGUAGCCGAACCUCUCUGGCAUCAAGAAAGUCACUACUACGCCAACGCCGGAUACCGCUCGCAGGACGAGAUUGACAUGUUUGCCCUCAACAUGACAGUUGCCAACUGGGGCAUUUCCGGUUGGGCGCCGUACUUGAUUGUGGCUGUCGCCAUGGGAUUGGCAGGACAUCGCUUCAACUUGCCCAUGACAUUCCGCUCGUGCUUUUACCCCAUUCUGGGUCAGUACACGUGGGGCUGGAUUGGUGAUUUGAUUGAUGGCUUUGCUAUUGUUGUGACUGUUGCCGGCGUUUGUACCAGUCUCGGACUUGGCGCAAUUCAAAUCGUUGUCGGAUUCCAGUACCUUGGAUGGGUCAAAGACGAUAUCACCCAGGACGAGGUGUCUCGUGUCCAGAACGCAACCAUUUGGGUCAUCACUGUCAUUGCAACGGCAAGUGUGAUAUCUGGAUUGAAUGCUGGUAUUCGUAUCCUGUCUACCAUUGCUUUCAUGCUGGGCUUGGUGUUGCUCUUCCUCGUUUUCGUAAUGGAUGAUACAAAGUACCUUCUUAACCUGCAAGUUCAAGAAGUUGGCUACUACUUGCAGCAUUCUAUCUUUCAGCUGAACUUCUGGACAGACGCUUUUGGGCAGAUCCGUGAGGGUGGCGGUCGCGCUGUGGACGGUGCAGCCGCCGCUGCCUGGUGGAUGGAUGCAUGGAUGAUCUUCUACCAAGCCUGGUGGGUAUCGUGGUCGGCUUUUGUCGGUCUUUUUGUUGCCCGCAUUUCCCGAGGACGCACCGUUUCUGAAGUUAUCAUCUACAGUCUGGUCGCUCCCGUCGCCUACUGUAUCAUUUGGUUUAGUAUUUGGGGAGGAGUCGGUCUACGCCAAGCCCGUCAGGGUCGGGAACUGGAAGCGCUCGGAGGCACCCUGUUCAACGACACCGAACACUUUCUGGUGCCUGGCAGUACCAACUGCUACGAUGUCCCGCAAGAGACGUUGUCCCAAGAUGGUACUGUUGUGUUUGAGAACCAUCUUCUGGGAGUGACCCCUGUUUGUCAGUUUGAUUCUUCCCAGUCUAAUACGGCUGCCUUCAAUGUGCUAUACUCUUUCAGCUUCCCGGACUCCUUUGAUACCGGCUUUGGACCUACUUUGUCGGUGUUGUUUAUCAUUUCUCUGGCCAUUUAUUUUGCGACGAGCUCGGAUUCCGGAUCUUUGAUUGUGGACCAUUUGGCGUCGAAUGGUCGCAAGAACCACCACUGGAUCCAGCGCCUCUUCUGGGCCGUGACGGAGGGUGCGGUUGCCACGGCUCUGCUUUCUGCCGGAGGUGAACAAGCCCUUCAGGCUGUGCAGGCCGCGUCGAUUGUGUGCGGGCUACCUUUCUGCUUCAUGCUCUGCUACCUUUUGCAAUCCAUCGAACUAUUUUGUCGUGAGGCCUUGAUUGUUGGCGACGGGCAAGACUACCGCAUCCCUGCCCAGUCUACGUUUUCGGUCCCAAUUUAUGGCGGGAUCUUCAACAACAUGGAGUUUUUGACCAGCGCUGGGUCCGUGAACCCCAAGCGCAUUGAGCUUGGUAUGGACAAGGCAACCACAUUCCACGUCGUCGAAUUUAUUAAGGGCCUCUUUGUCCCCUUUGUUUCCUUACACAAGGUCUUGAGCGAUGCGUACCCGCGUAACUCUCUGUCGAAUACGGCGGUAACUGCCGUUUACACUGUUUGCUACUAUAUGUGGAUUGGUAUAUUCGCGUCUCUCGGAUCGAAAGAAGGCUUGAUCGGCUGGGGAUGGCUACUGUUCUUUGCGUGUGCGUGCAUCUUGGGCUCAGUGCGCGGUGGAUUCCGUGCUCGCUACAAUGUGCGUAGCAAUAUUCUUGGCGACUACAUGGCGUCUCUGUUUUUCUGGCCCCAAGUGUUCACGCAAAUGCGUCAGCACUGCGUGGAACUCAACUUGCCCCAAGACCACGGCGACCUUCCCUCGGAAAAAGAAAAGAAGCUGGACGGCUCCGAUUCCGACGAAGUUGCUGCGUAGGUAGCGAGUUCCUCUAUAUGUUGUGGUGACAGGGAAUGUGUUCUGUGGGUGGCAAUGCCGCUCCCAAAAAUUGAAAAGCAAUUAUUAAUAGUAGUUCUCUCUUUGGCUUG